AUGGUAAAUGUCGACUCACGGGACUCCUGCCUUUGGCCCACAGUAGCUGUUCUCAAUGGGAAGCAUAAGUGCAUAAAGCCACCAUCGAGUAGCAGAGUUGUGUACACCCAGACUGAUGACGGUAUAAAGAUUGACGAUGUAUUGCUUGAUCUAGCGAAGGGGGAAAUUUCACGCCUGCGAACGAAACUACAGGAUAAAAAGAUCGAAUUACGAGACUCUGAACAGGAACGAGAAAAUGAUUCAGUAAUUGUACCUCCUUUAUUAAAUCAAUACGACAAGCUUGAGGCCCUCAUUUCCGAAGCUAUCGGUCAAGGUUGGUCAUCACCGCAAGUUACUGCGGAUCUUUGGGGCAACCUCGCAUCAUCAGAUUCGUUAGUAGUUUUGAGAGCAUUAAAAUCAUGCUGCUUAAGGAUUUGGGUGUUCGAGUCCGAUUUCCCGCAACUUGAGGGAUCAUCGUCAGAAUAUUGGGUGAGCUUGCGGAAAACUUUGACAAUCGCAGAUGGAGUUGUAGCGGCGAGAAACCUUGAUUUGGCUACCCGUCAUGCCAUGAUAAUGGACGAAGACUUUAUAUCAAAGUUCAUCAACCCUGACGCAGAGCGUCUAACGAUCCGAUACUCUGAUAUUAUGGAGCCUUUAUUCUCUCAAAGUCCUAACAAUUAUGUUCGCAAAAGCUGGGAUGUUUUUUCGACUUGGAACGCUGACAAGGAGGUAUGGCAGGAACGGCAAGGUCGACUCCACAUGUUCCGAGUGGCGUUGAGAACCAAAGCAGAAUCCACGUUGAAUCUCAAGGAUUAUGAAAUGGUGACGUUUCCGCCAGAUACUCCAUACGAUCAUGACUUAAUGAUUGUUGAAACCUACGGCAGGAUUGAUGAUGAAAAGAAUGACGGUUGUGUUGUUAAAUUUUGCACUCAGCCGGCAGUUUUUGUACAGAACAAAAAGAGGUUAGCAGAUAUCGGCAGCACUUCUGAAUUGUCAUCUACUUCACAAAACUUUGUGCGCAAUUCUGCUCGACGGAAACCUGGGUUGAAGCCAUCUCUCAAAGCUGUCGUAAUAACACGGAAACGCAAAAAUGAUUCUCACGCUCCCCAUGCCAAGAAUCAAAUCUCAUAG